GCGUGCGCUCAGACGCACGGACGCAGAGCACCCCGCUGGCUGGACUCGGAGGACGCGCUUCCGUUUCGCCUCCACCGCAGGUCCGAUCCCUUUGUCUGCCGGCGGCGAGAAGACACCCCCCCCCCCCCCCCCCGAAAAUCCCCCCCGCGCACCCGAGGAAAAGAAGAGAGGAGAACCAAUUAAACACUUCUUUUACGCCAAGAGUCCGACAAACAGUGCAGGAUCGGGACUGGAGACUUUUUUUUUUGUUUCUUUGGAGGGUAAGGGGAUUGGGGAGGGGGGGGGGGGGGGGGAUUUCUCACAUGAGGCGAUCCGGAUUCGUUUUGCACAGCGGAGCGCGCACUGCCACGUCUUUUCAAUGGAUUUCUUUACAGUGGAAGUACCCUGGGAGUCAAACUACUGAUAAGUUGCUUUUAGCUGGCGAGUUUCUGUCCAACGAGGGUUUAUGUUCCACCAGAAGAGGAAGACGAUGAUCCUCCAAGUGCUCUACGUCCUUCUGCCUCUUUUGGAUGUGCUGUUGCACGCGGAGGAGAGCGCGCGUGCCGGCGCCCCGCGGCUGGACUGCGUGAGGGCCAGCGAGCAGUGCCUGAAGGAGGAGGCGUGCGGCACCAAGUACCGCACGAUGAGGCAGUGCGGCAGGGAGAGCAACUUCAGCAUGGUGGCCGGCCGGGAGGCCCGGGACGAGUGCCGGAGCGUCAUGGACGUGCUGAAACAGACCCCGCUGUACCACUGCCGGUGCAAAAGGGGCAUGAAGAAGGAGAAGAACUGCCUGCGCAUCUACUGGGUGAUCUACCAGAGGUUACAAGGAAACGACUUCCUGGAGGAUUCUCCGUACGCACCGAUGAACAGCCGCCUGUCUGACAUUUUCCGCCUGGCUCCCAUCCUGGAGGGUGGGGAACCUUGGAGCGUCUCGGCCACUUCGGCCCAGGGCGGACAGCCCUAUCUAGGCAGAGGGAGCCCCUCCUCCACGGACCUUCAGGACCCCAGUAGAAACAGGAGAGCUCAUCCCAAUUGGGCCAUACUGGGUGAACCUGCAGUGGCCAGAGAGAAUAACUGUCUGAAUGCCGCCAAGGCCUGCAACCUGAAUGACACGUGCAAGAAGUACCGCUCGGCCUACAUCAGCCCCUGCACCAGCCGCGUCUCCACCGCCGAGGCCUGCAACAAGAGGAAGUGCCACAAGGCGCUGCGGCAGUUCUUUGACAAGGUCCCCCCGAAGCACAGCUACGGCAUGCUGUACUGCUCGUGCCCGCUUAGCGACCAGACGGCGUGUUCCGAGCGCCGGCGUCAGACCAUCGUCCCCGUCUGCUCGUACGAAGAGAAGCAGAAACCCAACUGCCUCGAGCUGCAGGCCUCCUGCAAGACCAACUACAUCUGCAGGUCACGACUGGCUGACUUCUUUGUCAACUGCCAGCCGGAGCCUCGCUCGCUGUCAGGCUGUCUGAAGGAGAACUACGCCGACUGCCUGCUCUCGUACUCCGGUCUGAUUGGUACCGUGAUGACUCCCAACUACCUGCGCUCGCCCCAAAUCAGCGUCUCGCCCUACUGCGACUGCAGCAACAGCGGCAACAACAAGGACGAGUGCGACAAGUUGACCGAGUUCUUCACGGAGAACACCUGCCUGCGCAACGCCAUCCAGGCCUUCGGGAACGGGACGGAUGUGGGUGUGUGGCAGCCGAUGUCCCCCGUCCAGACCACCACCUACACCACCACCCCCUACCAGAGGAACCGCGAACGCAACCCCAACACCGCGGACAACGCCAUCAACACAGACCCCGGCAUCUACCACUUCUGUGGCAGCUUACAGGCUCAGAAAUUGAAGUCAAACUCGACUGCUGAUGGAGUUUUCUGUGUGGACCCUCAGAUCGACAGCCCGAGCACGUCCGACGCCAGGAACUCGGCCAUCGUCUCCAGGCGGCCCGCCGGCCCGACCUCCCUGCUGCCCCCGCUGCUCUGGCUGUGGUACUGCGUCCCGCUGGCGCUCUCCUCGCCCGGCUCCUUGUAGCCUCGCGGCCUCACGGGCGCAAGCUACCACGGACUGACGAACGCACAUUUGUACAAAAGCAAACGCAAGAAAUUAUAGUCUUUCUUCUCAGUAAUACCUGUUUUACUUUUAUUUCCCUUUCACGUGUCUUUCUUUUUGACUGCUACUUUGUUUUUUUUAAUGGAUUUUCUAGUUUGUCUUGCAUUGCAGCUGUAGUCUACGUGUGUUAACUCGGUUUGGCCGUGUGCUCCCAUUUGGGUUCGUUAACAAAAAAAGGGGGGGGGGGCGAGUCUGUUUGUGUGUCGAGGCUAUUGGUGGGAUCUUUUGCUCAAAAGUCACAGUCAGUUCAGUAAUGGCUACAUUGUAUCACCCGGUUUGUGUCUGAUAACGACGUCAUCUGCUAUUUUACUUUUAUGAAAAGGUCCACGGAAAUAUUUACCCCGAGACGAAACAAUUGAAUUUGAGGGUAAAACAGCAGUAACUUCUCACAUCAUGGCGCGCCAAACGUCUGCACCGUACUGAACGCAAAGCACACAGGCAAAGACCCACAGACACACACACUGCACAUGCUCACACAUUCAGACAAACACACACACACACACACACAUGAUUUCUACUCCCUUUUCCCCUUUUUGGAGCACUACCUUGAGACGGCAGGUGAGCGCUCAUUAGUGACUGUACAUACGUGUAAUUGUUCGCUGACCCUCUGUGGAGGUGACGGAGAAGCUGCUGCAGGUUUCCUUUUCCCUUUUUUUUUCCCCCCCGACGUGCUUUGACUCACUGUGUCCGCGGAAAGGAGCUGAGGGUGAAAUGUCGUUGUACAGUAUGUAUUCUAUGGUGACUCACUGCUCCAUCGCGCCAAAGCUCAGUGCGUCCUUUCUUCUGUCAGUUCCGUGUCUCGACUUUUUGCCUCGGUUGUAAAGUGUGUGUUUGGGGAGGGAGGGAUCCCUUCAUAUGGACCUUUUGUGAGUUUAAGCCAAUCUAAUACCUUCAACAUUUUAGGGGGUGGGGGAGGUUCAGAAAUUGUCCUUGUGAAGGUGACAAACUGUGUUGUGGCUCACCUGGAGGCCGGUCACAUGAUGAGGUUUGUCGAGAAUUAUCAGGCAGGUGUGUUAAAAGGGGCAGCCGAGAACUCGUACGGUUGUUCUGGAUUCUCACCAACAACCUCAUAUGAAACACGCUUCCUCACGACGCGCGAUCCAGACGUUCCACACGUGCGUUACUUCAGCCGCUUGACUGACAGGAGCGUUCAUGGCGCGCCGCUUGGGUUUAUGUAGCUUCUCAAAAACAUGAUUAAUGUGUAGUCGAACUGAAACGUUAUUUACCGAGCAUUAACAUGGUAUAUGCACCGUAUGUACUUGGCUGAAACUAUAAAUUGGACAAAUAACUGUCUGAUAUUCUAUUCCAGAGCAUUGUGAGCUAUUUUGACUUUCUCAUUCGACAUAAAACACAUUAAAUAAACCAUUUUGUUUUUUUAUAACAACUUAAGUGUAUAUUUCUUCCGGUAUGUACAUGACUAUGGAAUAUUAUUGCAUCUGAGAAAGAGGAUAUCAAUGCAUCUCUCCUGUUGUAGUUAUAUAAGACUGUAUCUCCCAAACAUAUUGUUUUGUACUAUUGCCCCAUUUAUGAUGUUGCUUAAAUAUAGUAUUAAGUUUUUGGCUAAGACUUAUUUUUCUAUCUUCUAUUAAUUUAGCUGUUUUGAAAAGGAGAAGUUGAUCGUGAUCAUUUUGUUUUUUUACUGCUAAAAUUAUUUUGGUGCCAAUAAUUUGAGCGAGAAAGACGAUUGAUGCUAAAGACCAAUAUAUUCUAUUCUUCACCGGCAGAGUUUUUCAUUGAAUCACAAGUGGGAAAAGAUUACCACAAAAAGGUGUGAAGUUUGGAGAGAAAUGUUAUGAGUUACUUUGCCACAACAACUCGGACUGGUUACAUUUCUUAGAAUUGUGUCUUACAAUACUUUUAAUUUCCUUUAUCUGGAUCCGAGUGUCAUGUCUUCAUUGACCGGGCGAUAUGAGACACGUCUGUAGUGGAGGUUCAGUGCUUCACCGCUCUUCACAGAGCUGCUCUGACAUCACAAGGCCUCACAACGUGGCUCACGUCUUCCUGAUGUUAGGUCCCAAUUUAAAGAAAAAAACAAUUAAGAUGUUGAAUACGUUUUUGCUGUCGGUCUCCAUCCCAUCUGUUGUUACAAAAUACCAAAAAUGGCUUUUUGGAGGCGCGGACUCCCUCAGCCAUCGGCAUCACUACUUCUUAGCUUGUGAAAAUUUAAAAUCUAUUGUACAAAAGUUAUGAUUAAAAACUGUUAAAUCACCCAGA